GCCUGCUUCUCUCGCGACGACCUUCUGGCCUGGCUGUGCUUCAGCGCUUCACGCUCCGCCGCCACCAUCACCCCUCCUCCACUACCAGCGUCGGUGAUUUGAUUUCCCUCCACCUUUUUGGCGCGCAACUCUCGCCCCCCUCCACGCGAUGCUUGUCAGCUAGCCUGCAUUCCACCCCCCACCUCUUGCAUGCAGACCUGCCCGCCUUACAGCCUGCCUGACUGAUUCCCCUGACGCCUCGCUGCCGCUUGCUGCCGUCGCUCGUGCGCUCCGACCCAAAGCGCGUUUGUCACCCCAUCGGUAGGUAAACCGCGUGCGCCACACAGAGAGAGAGAGAGAGAGGAGAGAGAGAGGGAGAGAAGAAGGCCUCCCCUUCUUGUUUUCCAUCUUCUGCCCAACAACUGCAAGGAGCAGCUGGAGCCGCGGCUGCACUCUGUUAAAAGAGGGAUUGGUUUUUCAUCUCCCGCGACACACAUUCCUGGGACGGUGCAGAGGAGGUGAGGAGAGGGAGGGACCAGGAGUAGGACCUCAGACUCUGGACAAUCCCCCCGCCCCAUCUCUUGCUCUGGGCUGCCCAGUUGGGGGUAUUUCCUCUGUGUUGUUAUGAUUGAGGACACACAAGGACAGACACACACCACAGUGAAUACAGAGUCCAAGUACUACCAAGUACUGACCGCCACCAGAGGGAGUCACAGACAUCGCACUUGGUGAUAAGUAAGGACAGGUUGACAAAGAGACGGACAGACGUGUCAUGGCGUACAAGGAUGGCAACGGUUCCAGAAUCUCUGGACGACUGAGAUCGGGGGACCUACUCCAUGCUGGGCUGGUGUUGUCGGUGCUGCUUGGGUUCUGGUGCGUCAGUGGACUGGAGGUUUCCACAGGGAAGAUUACAGUCAUGGAGGCCAUGAAUGGCUCCACGGUCCUGAUUCCCUGUACCUACUCUUCAUGCAUUGGCAUUCAAAGGCUCUACUUCAACUGGCAUUACGAUGACAACGGGACCAUGCUGAAGCUCUGCGAGGGGUCGAUCGCUGCCGAGGGCGCUGACCCCCGCUUCAGCGUGUACCACGAGCGAGUGGAGUUUGUGGGCAACUCCAAGAAGAGCAACAUCUCCAUCCUGCUGUACAACAUCACCUUCGCCGACGACGGCGACUACGUGUGCUUUGCACGCAACUUUAAGGAGAAGAACCGAAACCACAGCGCCACCUUUACGCUCCGCGUGGUGGAUCAAGUGGUGGAGAUUGACAACACCUUGACCACCAUCAUCGUGUCAGUUGUGGGCGGAGUCAUCGGCUUCCUGAUCUUCUUCAUGGUGGUGAAGGCUCUUGUCGUUCACUUCAUUCUGAAGAAAGACGACAAGAAUAAAGAGUGUCUGGUGGGCUCCUCGGCAGGGGUGGACAACACGGAGAACGGACACACGACGGCCAAAGGCACCGAGGCCAAGGGAACACCGAAGGCAUGAGCGAGUACACGGUGUCUGUGUGUUUGUAAAGAUAUAUAGACAUCAGUGGUCACAAUAUCCGCAGAAGGAAGCACUACAGAUGGACUGUUGUAUCAUAAGAGUGGCUGGCCCCAUUAGCUCAUGUCAGACGAUAUUAACCAAAAAAAAAUACACAUCUAUAUAUAUAUAUAUAUAUAUCAUGCUUGAAAUUUGGAAUGUGUGAAGUGAGCCUGCCCCCUAGCUCUCUACCUGCACCCUGCGUCAUCAACCCUGCUCCGAGAUGACCUCUCCACUCCUUACACUUCCCAGCCUGGCCAGUCUCCACAUCUCUCCCUGUAAAACAUGAUGGCUUUCAACAGACACGCCAUCGGGAAAGUCCUCUUGGGAAUUCUUGCAGUGUACGACGUUGGCUUGUACACAGCAAGAAAGCGGCUGGGUUGCUUUUAUUUUAAAAAGUAAAUUUCAUAUGAAUACUCCUUUCUAUAAAAUUCAAACUAGCACGUAUGAUCGUGCUCUUAGUAUAAUAGAAAACAAAAAAAAGAACCAAGAACGAUUUUUAUUUCAAGGAGUUUGGAAUCAAGGAUUUUCUACUCUUUUCUGUAGUGGUGUCCAUAUAGCCAUAGAACACAAUCGCCCGGAACCACACAGCAGAUCGAAUACAGGAACACACACUUUACUAUAGUGAACUGCCAACACUCUACUGCCGUGAUGUCAACUGAUAGUACGACAGCAAAACCUCUCCUGCCAACGUCCGGUAUUAUCAUCGCAGGACACGUGACCAAUCCUGAACCGUUUUGUUUACAAACUAGCAUAAAUACAACACUAUGAAGCACAGAUUUCCUGAUCGGAUGUUAAUAGAUAAACAGCUGCCACCAAUCAAAUGAUGGCUCACCAUUGGUUGAAGACGUAAGCUAUCCAAUCAGAAAGCCCCUCUGGCUGUAAUCUGACCUUUUAACCUUCAUACCGUAACCACUGCCACAGUAUUCUCAACUACUGGUUUACCAAGGAGUCCGGUAUUUGCUGAGGAGGGCAGAUAGAGAGAUACCUUAGUCUUCAGCUUAUAAACUAGCAGAGUUCUUAGUAACAGUAGUAAUAGUUUAUAGGAAUAGUUUUUGAUGUGGCAGGGGCUGGCAAGUCUAACAAAUGUGCUUCCUGAGGCAAAAUAGUAGAUUCCGUUCUGAACCACUUUUGGUCCCUUUGCUUUAGAUAAGAAAAUAACUUCCUCCAUAGGGAAAAAACAGGUGCCUGUUUGAGAAACCCAAUAAAAUACACUGAAAAGCAAAUAAAAUAAAUAAGACAAGGAAAACACGCCCAACCACCCACCAAGAAACAAAUGGACUUAAAUCAUGCUGCUUCUGAUUAAUAACUGAUGCAUUGAUGAAUUUUUUUCAGAGAACAUAUUUAUGUCUGUUUGUCUCUGACAUCACCUCAUCUGUCAUCAUGUCAGAACCCCAAUGCGUGAUCCCUCAAUGCAGAUGAGAGACAACUGUCAGGGCGGAAGUUGACAUUCAUUCACAGCAUGCUUUCUAAAGACUUCUUACAACUGCCAUUGCUUCACAGGCGGUCACACACUGAGCAGUUCUGCUAUAAAAGCUUACAAGGACAACUAGCACCACUUAUCAGUCAGCCCAGUUAUGGUGGCAGCACUUACGGAGGAAACAACAUACAUUCAUACUAAGAUAGCCUAAACAUGCCGUAUGACAUGAUAGAGACAUGGAGGGCCUUUGCUACGAUAGCACGAGUCUUGCAAUGCUGAAAGCUGGCAUAGACAGACCAUUAUGUUCUUCCCAAAACACAUAUUUGUUUGUAUUUUAUUUCAUAUUGCCUGUUAUCAUUUUCUAUUGAGGUCCUUUUUUGGCUGGCAGUUCAAAAACUAGUAAUAAUGUAAUGUUUUGUGCAGUGGUGUUAAUAUCAAGAAAGCCAUGCGGACUGAAAAAAUAUUUUUUUGUAGUUUUAAUUUGUUAGUAACAGUUCAUGGAUGAAAAUGACCAAAUCAAAUGAUAGAUUAUAGAUUUAUUACAUUGAUAUCUCAUAUGUAAAGGAUACAUUAUACAUGCACACUGUAUGCAUUUGAUUCCUAUUUUGCUCUGCGCCAUGACUUGGUGAUUUAGUAUUUAGAAAAAAUUGGUAUUGUCUUCUUUGCCACUUUGUGAGCUGUUGAGCUCCAUUAACAGUCAUUACAUCACCAUUUAAUGUUGGGAAUUAAGAGAUUUAUGAGACAAAGGCGUCAUCGGAUAUGUAUGUUAUCAAUACUCUUAUAAUGGUUAGCAUGUCCAUUACCACUCACAGUCUGUAUUCCAGGCUUAAUUGUGAGAAACAAAUCUCUGUUACAGAUCUAUUAUUUUGCUGCUGUACAGUGUCUCUACCAAAGCUGUCAGCAGCCAAAUGCCCCCUAGUGGCGAUGCCAUGACAGUUCAGCUUUCCACUUUUAUCAUGAAUGUAGUGAGUACUUUGAUUUAUCACAUGAUCUGUCCCUUAAAACGUACUUAGAAGUAUUAGAUCAGAGCUCCUGCAAUAGGGAAUCUCUUCUAUGGGACUGUGACUUCUAUUAUAAUGUACACCCACAAACACAAUACCGCGGUUCAGCCUAACCAAACUGCAUCUGGAUCAGUACUUGGCUUACUAGAGGUUGCGUUAUUGCAAGGGAGCAAUUUCCUUCUCGUUCCAAAAUACGUGCAUAUUUUUUUAAUUAGCAUCUUCAUCCGCGGCUGCUCGCUAAUAUUGGAGUGCAUGCGUUCCAUGUUUGCGUUCUGGAGAAGCAAUAGAAGUGGUCUUCUGAGGACUGGCACUUUAUGACGUUGUAAUAGAGCUGUGGUGGGACACUGUCUGUCCCUUGCACAGAUAACUACGUAUCCAAAUUGCACAAAUGUAUCUGUUGUACUGAAGACAUCCUUGUUUAGAGUCUACCAUGGAAUUUGACAGCUGUAAUACUAACGGCUCGCUAAAUAGGUUUCACAAAUACCAUUGGCUCCACAGCAUAGAAUUAUUGGCAUUUACGUGGCUACAUUGCACAGAAAGAAAUGUCACACCAAUUCAUAAAUGAAAUAGGAAUUGUGUUAAUAAUCUAUAAUACAUAUUUGGCUUAAUGACAACAACACAAAUACAAGGCUGAAGAAUUCAGGAGAAUCCAAUCCAUAUGCUUCCAACACCAUUUGAAGUUAAUUGAAGUAAACUACAAUGUGACUUGGAGUGUAAACAUAUAUUUAAUGAUGACACAUUUUUAUGGCCAGGCACAAAUGGGUUUAUUUUUGUAUCUUGACCAGAUAUACAUGUGUCAAUCAAGUAGCAAUGUACCAUGCAUGCUACUGUAACUAACACCACACACACACACACACACACACACACACACACACACACACACACACACACACACACACACACACACACACACACACACCCACACAAACGCGCACGCACAUACAAACACACACAAACACAGAACGAGUUAAGCUAUUUCCCCAGUAACGUUGUGUGUUUGAAUCUUCCAAAGAAUAGCCAUUUUGUUGAGUCAUGUUCGAUUCAGCUACAACAUCAUAGUCAUAAUUCAAAUAUGCUUUCUCCAAAUCUUGUCUUCCAUUUCAGACUUUUUGACUAUAAAACACGCAUGUGUCUUUCAAUUUUCCCAUGUCGAUGCAUCCUUGUGCUUGCAUCUCUUCCUUGACAUGCAUAAUGUUCCCUACAUCAUAAUGUUCCCUACAUCUACAAGCAUUGUUAAAGUGAACAUCAUGGCCUGUUUCCACCAUGGACUUGAGAGGAGAGUGCUAAAUGAUAUCAAUAAUCCAAACAACACAGAGAAACCAACCCCAAAUCUCAAAUCUGAAAUGGGAGCAUAGAUUGUAACGAGACACAAACUGCUACAACCUACAUCCAUGCAUCAUCGACUGCAUUGCCUUGACGCAUAUAAAUAUAAACACAUUUAUUGAAGUGAUUUUCUCCUGCAUGUGUGCAUGAGCUCUGAGAUGAGCUGAUCUGAUCGUGGGAACCCCAUGCAAAACAGGCUUACUGCUAAGCGGUGGUGCAGAGGCAAAGGCCUGACCACCACCUCACAGGGGUGGGUCUUCAAACAGGAAAUGGAAGUGACCCUCGCCCCAAAUCCAACCCUCUUUCUGGCAAAUAAAUAACCCUCACAUUUCCCGUUUCCAGUAUUGUUUAAAACUUGGUUGAGAACUAAAUUAAAACGGCAAGUGGGACACUAGAUGUGCCCUAUGACCCCUGAUCCCACUAUGACCUCUGAACCCCGUCCAAAACAUGUUUUAUUUACAUUUUCAGGAAGGCCAACUUGGCUAAAGCAGGCACUUUAUACUUAUUGAAUACUUUUUAUUCAGUGUUUAAACCUUAGUAUUAUUAUUAUAUGCAUAAGAAAAGGGUUGACAUUAUUUUACGUAAUAACUAUAUCACUCUGAUAUAUAUAUCAGAGUGAUAUCACUCCGGGUAAUGAAUGUAUGGUGGAUUACAAAGCAUGUCUAUACCCAAUAGAUUAUUAUUAUUGAUCCUCCUGCUCAUUCCAGAUACACAUGGGAUAAUAGUUAACUAUCAGAGAGCAUUAAAAAUAAUGUAAAUAAAUGUCAUUAUUUUCUAGCCGAGUGAAUCCAACUGCAGCAUUGUAACAAAGCACGACACUUUUAAUGACAUGACCACACUACAAAAAGUUAAUAAGAGGUCUGUUCAUGCUAUACUACUAAUAACUACAGCUUAUCGAAAUACAUGUAACAACCCUAAUAUUAUUAUCCAUACGGUACACUGAACCAAUGUCGUGAGAUGCCAUCACACCGCUACUCUGCCGUGUACUCUUACAGCAGUGGUCACAUGACUGCUGUUCAGAACCAGAGGACCUGAGGCCUACAGCGGCAGAAGCUCACACUGCCAGACCAGGGUGUGAUGUCCGCUAAAUACUUCCCACAUUCCAAACCCUUUCAGAGAAAAUACCUGAUGACCAGUUGGCUUCAAACACUGCCCCGAACACAACCAGAACUAAACCAGAGAAUGUUUGACUCAAACAUGACGCAGCUGUUAAACAGAGUACAUUGAGAUUUGACUUGUUGUUCCUCUUCGAUAUGAGAAGUUCACAUUUAAAAAGAGCUAGGUAUUUUAUGAAAGUUUCCUUUUAAAUUCUGUUGUACGAGUUUGCGUAUGUUAUGUAGAACCAUGGAUGAAACUAAUAUCAUGUUUGUUCUCCCUCAUGCUCUGUAGUAGUAUCAUAAUAACACAUUGCAUGAUAGUAUUAUUCUGUAUAACAUUUAUGGUGAACUGUAGAGGAAAUCUCAAUAUUAGUCAGCUAGAGUUUGAAUUAUAAGCACAGGCUUAUAUUUACCUCACUUGUUGCCACAGUCCUGCUUUUUAAACAAUGUGUAUGUUUUCUUUAUACAUUUCAAACAUCAGCCAAACUUACCACUGAUAUCAAUGGAACUCCAUGGUAAUUACACAAAUAUCUCGGAGUAAACUGUGUCGUUCUAAUCUUACCAGUUAAACAAGGGACUCCCGUAAAUGUCUCAGUUUACAAUUUUCUGAACACAGUCUGUGAAGCACACACUCCCCACAUCCGCAGUCCCUCACCCAAACCACUUACCAAACUAGAUCUGUCUUUCGAUCAGUGUUUAGCCGCUGCUAUGUGUGUCCAUGUUGCUCAUCCUGCUCACUGACUAUGCAGGAUGCUUUUCUUUUCUUUUAUUUAAAACUGCUGAACUGGAAAAUAAAACGAUUAUU